UCUAACCUUAUUGUGAUUCUGUGUAAAAUAAUCCAAAUUGAAAAGUGGAUAGGACUCCUGGGAUAGGGAUCAAACAUCUGUUUAAAACCACCUUUGCUCGUAGAUUUCCCCACUUACUCCUAUACAAAAUCAACAGAAUUUGGCAACUUAUUUCAACAGGAAGGCUCUGUUUGGUAAUUUGACAGAAGUUAAACAUAUAUUUAUCAUUCCAGAUAUUGUGAGUGCAUGUAAUGACCCUGAUGGCGUUUGGCUGAAGUCUAUUAACAGUGACAAACAAAAGAACAUAGUAGCUCAUAAUGUUCUUGAACAACCGAUAGAGUUGGAAAAACCAGACAAUGAUGUUCUGCCAAAAAUAAUAAAAUCUGUGGCAAACGAUAAACAGGUUUUUGCAUGCUCAGCCUGCAACUUCAAAACGGAGAAAAUGUGGACAGCAUACAGACACAAACAUACCCACUCUAAAAGAUAUGUGUGUCAUAAUUGUGGAAAAUGUUUUGGGCAAAAGAGUGCACUUGACCAACACAGUUGUAUAGACACUCCAGGAAGCAUACAGUGCUCAACUUGUGGCAAGACUUACAAGACAUUACUUGGACUUAGGAGACACGAAGCUGAACACACUGGCAACUAUAGUCAUUUCUGUGACAUAUGUGGGAAGGGCUUCUCAUACAAAAACGUCUUUAUAGAUCACCAGAUGAUGCAUAUGAAUUUAAAAUUUAAAUGUCCAAAGUGCCCCAAGAAGUUUGCCCACGCUAGAAGUCUUAGAGAACACAAAGACUUGUGUGGAAAGACAGCUAGGGAUGCCAAAUGCCAUGAAUGCGGAAAAGCUUUUAAGUCGAAACGGUACCUAAAAGAACACAUAAAAUUUAAACAUUCUCCAGAGAUUCCUGUCUAUACUUGCAAAGUAUGUGGUAAAAAAUUUGCGUACAGAGGAAUGCUUUCAAAACACAAGAGAAAAGAGCACAAGUGAAUAUUCAGUUUCUUGUUAGGCUCUUUAUGUAUCUCUUGUUCUUUAUUUUAAAUGCGACAUUAAACGACCAUUAAAAGUAUUAAAGGCAGAAUUAGAUCUAGCAUUUACUUUGGUGACUUUGAUGCUUCAUCUUGACGAAAAUUGUUUCAAUUUAAAAAUAUUUUGGGCCUAUAAUAUUGCCCCUGAGUAUAUAAUACUUUAUUUGAAGAAACUAAGAAUUUUUACAACAACGCAAUAAUUUGUCUAUAAGAAUGGUUGCAAUUCUUAAUAUUUUGGAGAAUUUAAAUAUUUUCCCUCCAUUUUUGCACCAUUAAUGUUAAAUAACUUCACCAAUUGAUAACAUAUCACAGAUCUUUUGGGAGAUAUCAUAUUUGAGCUUGUAAGGAAC